AUGAAAGAGAACUUUACUGGUAUUGCACAGCCGGCAAUUGUGGAUAUAGUUCUUCUAGAAGCUAUGGAGAUGUGGACAGAAGCAGUUAUGCAACACGAUGGUCCCAAACAGAAAGUUAUCAUGUGAUGCACUUAUCCAGUGAUAAACCUUUUCAUCUCAGGUAAACUAGACACUAACCAAAAAUAACUUACUUAGUUUUCUAAAACAUUUUAUCAUAGAAGUUAGAGAAUUCUAAUGUUUUUAAAGUUAAAGCUUAACUUUUUAAAGGAAAUCUAUUUGUUUAUUUUUAUUUAUUUAUUUAAUUUCAUUAAAGUGUAUACAGAUGAUAUCAUAGAACAUAAUUUUAAAUAGAUUUAAAUAAUAUUAUGCUCAGUAAAAUAUUGAUUAUUUUUUUAUAUAUUUUAUUUUUAUUAUUUUUAUAUUUGUUAUUAUUUAUUAUACUUCAUAAUAUAUGCUAUUAUUAUUUCAAUAACAAAAAUACUUAGGAAAUAAAAAUAAUGAAAAAAUAUAACAAAUAAAUAACAUCAAAUAAAAUAGUAAAUGAAAAUGAAAUGUGUGUGCUUCUUCAUAAUGUUUAGAAAUGGGGGUAUGUUUUUUUGUAUUAAUGAUAAAAUUUUCUUUAUUGAUAUAUGUUGCAAGAUAUAUUCUCUUCAAUUGUAUAAAUUUACUGACACAUUGUAUCACUUACAAUGUAGAAUCAUGUUGUGUUUUCUGUAAAUUUAGUUUGAUUGCACAUGUGUCUGUGUGUCUAGCAAUUAUAAUUUUAAGGUGUUAACACUUUACCAAUUUAAUAAUUGCAGAUACUUUGUAUCCAUGUAGAUACAAAAAAAAUGUAAAUAAAAAUAAAAAUUGAUCUAUAAAAAAUAAAAAAAUAAAAACAUUUUAACACAACCACUAGCUAACUUUAGCUAUAGAUAUAGACAGACAGAUGGACGGACGCACAAGCAGACAGACACUCAGAUGGACUAAUAGAUGGGUGGAUGGAUGGAUGGAUAAAUGGACAGUCAGCAAAUUUAUUCUUUAGAUUUUUUUAAUAUGUAACAAACAUAUUGUGUGUUUUGUUUCCAGUGCUGACAGUUGUUGCUGGAUCUAUAAUAUCUUUAACCAUAAUGGAUGGCGUCUCCAAACUGUUGUGGAUUUGGGAACCCGAUCUGACACGUCCAAACCUAACAACUCACCGGUGACCGCAAUAAUACCCAUCAUUAGGUACUACAUCUUUGAGUGCAGUUCGAUUGACAAAUAGGAGCAUGGCGAUACAUCUUUCAUACUGGUGAAAGAAAUGACUGUCUAUCACUGGUAAAGUUAUAAAGUAACAAAGUAUGUAUGCUGAUGGACCCAAAGUAACUCAUAGAUGGGUUUUAUUUUUUAGAUAUCUGGCAUGACAAAACAAGUGUCGCUAGACUGACCAUAGAAGGAAUGCUCAUACAGAUUUCGAAUUGCCUGAGUUGAAUAAUCACUGUAAUAUUUCAUACUUAGUGCAGAACUCGUGUUAGGGAUUUAUUUUGGGUUGGGAAUUAGGUAGAAUCCUAGAGCUAUGAAAAAUUCCCAUGUCAGACGGCUAAAACCCAUAGAUAAUUUGUAGCCAAAUAUGAGUUGGCAGUGUUCCCACUCCUGAACAGAUGCACCUUAGCUGCCUUCUGUAUGUAAGAUGUCUGAAAUCAAGCUCAGCCGACCUGAUCAAACAACGUGACUAGCUACUAACUAUUACAAAAGUAGAAAUACUACACCAAAUACGGAACAAUGUAGAAUAGUAAAGAAGUUCUACGUCCGGAACAUUCUAAAAAACAGAAAUUAAAUACAUAGUGCAAACCGUAAAAAAAAAAAUAGACACCAGGUCCCUACGAUAGGAUAAAACUCACACGACCCAAAAUACCAAUACUAGGUGGCAGGACAGAUGGCGCAUAAGCCUCAACCCCAAAAAGUCACCACAUCCCCACAACAACUGCAACGCAAUUUCUAGCCUGGCAUUCACCAAUACCAACAAAGGCAACCCGAUAUAACCCACCAGACAACUAUUUAAAAAUGUGCAUUUUAGGUUAUAACCAAACGUAUGGACAUACGUGAAGUGCUGACUUAACCCUAUGCUGUUGUGGCAUUAUCAGAAAUGUCUGUACCACUGUUAUUGCACCGAAAAUAAAGAUUUAAAAAAAAACCCUCACACGAUAUAGAGCCAUACCAGGCUCUAUAUAAAGGGCUCCAAGGUGUCUAUACCGGCUAGGAUGAUAUUCUAGAAGGAGAGCAGCAGGAAACAGUCAGUUAAAAUAUAACAAAUUUAUUAGGGUACAAAAUAAAAUUAAGUAAAAACGGACAAAAUUGGCAGUGGUAUAUAAACAAAGGCAUCUAGGCUAAAAUCAUCACAGCAUAACAAAUGUAUAAAAAGUCCCAAAAAGGAAACAGCAGAUGCGUUUCAACUCCAGCUAGAGUCUUCCUCUGUGCUGUGUUGCUCUCUCCAAUGUCCGAAUAAAUAGUUACUGUUGUGAUCAGUGUUCAAUUCAACACGGCUGUACUACUUCCUAUUUCCGGCGCGAUGGGCAUGUGUCAUAAUGCCGUGCCUGUCAUGUGACACGAGCACGGCUGUAGCCACAUCACUUACGGAUUUUCAUUUCGGCAUUUAAGGGCAAAGUUGACACAAAGUCUCCUAUCAAAUGAGGGCAAGAAAAGUCCUCGAAAUGUAAAUAAAAAAACAUAAAUUGCAUCCAAUUCAGAUAUAAGAGACAGACUCAUUAUAUAUAACAGAAAUAAAAAAUUAAAAAGACCAAUUGAAUAGAAACACGAGUCUGACAGUAAUAACGAGGAGGUGGAGGAUAAAAAUAAAGGAACAGUGCAUCAAAAACGCACUAAAAGUUUGUAAAAAAAAAUAGAUAACUAAAAUGAUAGAUAUAUAAAAAACUCUACAAAAAGUGAAUAAAUUUAAAAUCUAAAUUAAGCCUUUUAGGUGCUAAAGAAUCUAGCAUAAAUAUCCAUUUACUUUCGAUUUUGCACAAUUCCUUAAAGUUAUCCUCACCAGUUAAAGGUUUUUAAAAAAUAACCAUAAAACUUAGAUAAGAAGGGUCCUUAUUAUGACACUCUAAAAAAUGGGCAGACACACUAUGCGUGGUGUAUCCCCUCUGUAUGUUACCCAUGUGUUCUGCAAUACGGGUCUUAAGAUUCCUGGUAGUCAUCCCUACGUAUUGCAGCCCACACGGGCACCAGAGGAGAUACACCACAUUGGAAGAAUGACAAGUUAAAAUGUCUUUAGUAAAAAAACACUUUCUCCCGUUGCCUUAGAUUUAAAGGAUGUUCUGGUUUCUUUAGGAAAACUAGAUUUUUUGCAAAUGGAGCAUAUUUUACAAGGAUAAAAGCCGUUUUUUUUUUUUUUUGUUUUUUUUUUUAUUAAAAGAGAACAUAGUUUUAGCUGGUUUAUUAAAACUCCUGACCAAGUCCCCUUUAAUACUCUUUGCACCCCGAUAGAUAACAUUGGGUUGGUUACCAAUAAUGCCAAUGAGGUCUUGAUCGUGUUUUAAGAGGUGCAAGAAUUUAUUUAAAAUGUGUUUUAAUCUGUCUCGAUUGACUAUUAUAGUCUAAAAUAAUAGGGAUACCUCUUAGGACAAAUUUAUUUUUGUUCUUAUUCUUCAAGUCAUUCUUCUUAUUACUUUUAUAUUCCAAAAUUUGAUUCCUACCUAAAUUACUGACCUCCUGUAAUUGCUUUUCUAAAAAUGUGUAAUCAUAGUUUUUAGCUGAAAACUGGUCAUUUAAUUAGCUGGUAAGACAAAUUCAUCCAUAUUACUGCAAUUUCUUAAAAUUCUUAAAAAUUGGGCCUUAUGCAUGUUAUGUACCAAGCUGCAUAGUGACAGCUGUUAAUAUCUAUAAAACUAUUUACAUCCACUCUGUCUCUCUUCACUCUUGGGCGCUGAGUAAGCUGGGAGGAAGUGAGAGGCCAUCACUUCCUCCCAGCAUUAGUUGCGGCUGACAUUUUGAAAGGGGCUUUUACACAACCACAGCGCUGACCGGGUCCCUGAAGAUAUAGGCCCUAAGUGCAUGGGACACCUGAUGGGCCCCAUCAGCGUGUGGGCCCUGGUGCAGCUGCAUCGGCGGAAGUUCCGCUGAUAUACAUGGGACCCGGGUUGCCACCCACUGAUGAUGACCCUGCUCCAAAUAAUCCUGUUUGCCUCACACACAACUCACAUGUACAACGUCCCAACACAUGCAGCUCCAAACACACACACGACAGACACAGCCUGCAGAUUCACACAUUGCCAGAAUGUGGUAGAAUAUUAGCUGAUGCUAUCAGCCAUUGAAUCCUUUUUAAAGUUGUGCACACUUAAUAUAGCUAAAACAGAACACGAAUUGCUUCUUUGGCUACAUCGAGAAGACUGUAGGAUCUGCGGGAACCCAGGGGGACGUAGCUAACUGUCAGUCUAGUCAUAAUCAGUUUGAACUCUUAUUGGUGCACACACUACGGAAUACACUGAAUAAAAUGAUAUAGUAGAUAGUGAUUCAUUUCGAAAAUAUUUCAUGUUUUUAUAUUUAAGGGUUCCUCAAAACUGCCCGAUCUCCGUUAAUUUAUUGGCCCAUGAUCCCGAUGGAGACAAUGUACAAUGUAGAUAUGGCAUAAUAAACACGGGAGAAUGUGCAACUUGUUACCACCAUCCACAUUUCAACUUGGAUCAAGUAAGUGUGUGACUGUAUUGCUUUUUUUUAAUCCCUACAUCAGCAGGCAGAGGGGACCUAAUGCGCAAGCGCAGCAAGUCUCGCUCUCUGAUUAGGACAACCUCGUAGAAAAGCAUUGCUCAAUGCUUUCCUAUAGGGUUUUAGAUGACGCUGGAUGUCCUAAUGCAAAGCGUGAGAACGUUCAGCAUCAUUUAGUGGACCAAAAGUCCACUAAGGACUGGAAGUGCCUCUAGUGGCUGUCUGGUAGACAGCUACAAAAGAUGGAGUUAACCCUGCAAGGUAAUUAUUGUAGCUUAUCAAUAACUGCAAUAAUUACCCAUUUCAAGGUUAGGGGGAGAGAUUUUUAAGAUCAAAUCACUAUUUUGGGAAUAAUUCCUUGUAAAGUUAUCAUAUAAACUGAUUAAGUUACUCACUAAACUCAGAAUUGAAGCAAAUUAAAUCCUACUGGCAAAAUAUAGGCUAAUAGAUUGCUUGCAUUCCAAAAACAAAUAUUGGGUCACAGCACACAUAAAAUGAUAUUACCAAAUUCUUAAACACAAUAUUUAACCUGUAAUACAAUUAAAACAGUAGACCAUAGUGUGAUAUAUCUGAAUAAACAAAAUAUAUGGGUAUUUUCUCACAUCCAACUCACAUUUUGCUGAGCCUUUUCCAGAAGGCUCAGACUUAAAGGAACACUAUAGGGUCAGGAACACAAACCUGUAUUCCUGACCCUAUAGUUCUAAACCCACCAUUUAGGUGGCUUGCCAUCCCCCUGCCCCCCUGCCCCUUAGAUCUUAAAAGGAAUUAAAACUCACCUUAUUUCCAGCUUUCCAUAGGGAAAGCAUUGGAUUGGCUAAAAUCGGCAAGAGGGUUCUAGUGUCUCUGUUCACGCUAAACAUUUUUUUUAAUUUUAUUUUUUUGAGGUUUUUGAUAUACCAUACUUCUUAAUAUCACCUUCAUUUUGGAGGUAUGUAGGCUAGGCUACUUAGUUACAUUUAGUACACACACCCUUUGUAUUUCUUAUUUUCUUUGUUUUUGUGGAAUAUAGGAAGGCUAUUUUUCAGACAGUGUUUGAAAACUGACCGUCUCUAUGGCAUGUUGUUUUAAAACUACACAUUCCAGGGUGCUUUGUCAAUCUAAAGGCAUUUUAAAGGCAUGCAAAGCAUCAUAGGAGUUGUAGUUUUACAACAUCUUGGGAUCUACCCUUUGGGCACCCCUGCUCUACGGUUUUCCCUGCUUCACUCUCUACGCAGCAGCAGGGAAGACCACAGGCACUGUCUGACACAAGGUGUAUGUAUAUAUAAUAAAAGUAGUAACAAGGUUUUCUCUUUUUUUUAAAUUUACUUGAUUUAAAAAAAAAGCUAUUUCCUUUCAAAACAUGAUGAAAGGUUUAUUAUAUUGUAAGAUAGUUUUGAGGUGACAGUUGUCCUUUUAGACCAGUGCAGUCAAAUUGAAAGCAUAGCUGAGUUAGGGAAUUUCUGAAUUUAAGCAAUUUUGACCUUAAAGAGACCAUUGAAGUGGUCUGGGUGCAAACUCCCAUCACCCUUAAAACAAAUCCAUUUUCCUGGCACUAUAGGCUUCUGGAGUGCCCCCCUCCCGCCAAGGUCAGCCGGUGGGGGAGACCUAAUGCGCAUGUGCGGCCAAUGGCCGCGCGCGCGCGUCAGACCUCCCCAUAGGAAAGCAUUAUUCAAUGCUUUCCUAUGGGGAAAAUCUAACACUGGAGGUCCGUGAGGACAUCCAGCGUCAGAUAAUGGACCAAAAGUCAGUUUGAAUUUUAGAAGCCCUCUAGUGGCUGUCUGGUAGACAGCGACAGAGGGCAGACUUAAAGCUGCAAUGUAAACAUUGCAGUUCUCCGGAGCGUGAGCAGAGCUGAGUCAGCUGAACCCAGGUAAGUGACAGAAGGGGUUAUUAACCCCUUAAGGACUGGACUGUUUUUGCGAUGUUGUACAUUUGCGACCAGGAAUAUUUUUACACUUUUCUGGUGUUUGUGUUUGGCUGUAAUUUUCCGCUCUCUCAUUUACUGUUCCCAUACAAAUUAUAUAUUGUUUUUUUCAGGACAAAAGGGGCUUUCUUUACAUACCAUUAUUUAUAUAAUCUCAUGUAUUUUAAUUUAAAAAAAAUAAAAAAAAUGAUGAAAAAUUGAAAAAAAUACAUGUUUUUUGACUUUUACUUGAAAAAUCUUUUACUCAUCUACAAAAGCGAAUGAAAAAAACUGCUAAAUAGAUUCAAAAUUUUGUCCUGAGUUUAAAAAUACCCAGUGUUUACGUGCUUUUUUGCUUUUUUUUGCAUGUUAUAGGGCUAUAGGUACAAGUAGGAUAUUGCGGUUUCAAAACAUGCAUUUUUAAAAUUUAUCAAUAGUGACAUUGUAACACUAUUAUCUGUCAUAAAUCUCUGAAUAACACCCCACAUGUACAUAUUUUUUUUUAAAGUAGACAACCCAGGGUAUUCAAUAUGGGGUAUGUCCAGUCUUUUUUAGUAGCCACUUAGUCGAAAACACUGGCCAAAGUAAGCAUUCAUAUUUGUUUGUGUGUGAAAAAAGUAAAAAAACUAAAUUGAACGCUAAUUUUGGCCAGUGUUUGUGACCAAGUGGUUACUAAAAAAGACUGGACAUACCCCAUUUGCAAUACCUUGGGUUGUCUUCUUUUGCAAAUGGUAUGCCAUCAUGGGGUAAUUCUCAUUCCUGGGCUACCAUACGCUCUCAAAGGCAACGUAACCAACCUGGCCAUUUUCAAUGUAAAAAUAUUUGACCCAUGUAUUUGACCUUGUAACUUUCAAAAAUGCUAUAAAACCUGUACAUGGCGGGUACUGUUUUACUCGGGAGACAUCGCUGAACACAUAUAUUAGUGUUUAAAAACUGGAAAACGUAUCACAACAAUUAUAUCAUCAGUAAAAGUGCUGUUUGUGUGUGAAAAAUGCAAAAAAAGUAACUUUCACUGACAAUAUCAUCGCUGUGAUAUGUUUUACUGUUUUGAAUCACUAAUAUUUGUGUUCAGCGAAGUCUCCCGAGUAAAACAGUACCCCCCAUGUACAGGUUUUAGGGUGUCGUAGAACGUUACAGGGUAAAAUACAGUGCUAGCAAAUUAAAUUCUCUGGAAUUUCGGCCUGGGUUGGCAGGCAGGUCCCUCAAAUUGCAAUCAAUAAAAUUACUGAAUUAUGUAAAAAUAUUACAUAAAUACGCACGUAGAAUUUAAAUAUAUAUGCAUAUUUAUAUAUUUGAAGUCUACGUGUAUAUUUAUAUAAUUAUUUAUGUAAUUUUGUAUAUGGACAUAUGUAUAUUUCGUAUUAUUUUUAUUUAUUUUUAUAUACAUAGAUAUAUAUACAAAUUCAUUCUAAGUGUAUUUUGAUAUAAAUAUAUAUAUAUUAAUUUUAAAAUACAGUUAGAAUAAAAUUUCAUAUAGCUAUAUAAUUUUUUUAAAAAUUUUUAUUAUUAUUUUAAAUUUUUUUAUUUAAUUUAAAUUACUUAUUAUUUAUAUUUUAUAAUAAUAUAUAUAUACAAUCUAUAUAGUUAUUAUAUAUAUUAUAUAUAUACGUGUGUAAUUUAAUUAUAAGUGUAUUUUUAUAUUAAUAUAAGUACAUAUUAAUAUAAAAAUACACUUAGUAUGGCAUUAUAUAUAUGAUAUAUAGACAUAUAUUAUAUUGAUAUAAUAUAUGUCUAUAUAUCAUAUAUACACAUAUAUAAUUAUUAUUAUUUUUUUUAUUAACAUUAACUUUUUUUUUUUUUUUGAUUUUACACUAGCAGGGAGACUGCCUGUCAGCACAGGCAGUCCCCCUGCAGGCAGCCCUAUGGACACCCAUUGUGACCAUGUGAUCGCUAUGUUAAGCAAUCACAUGGCCCCAGGGGUCCUAAAUCAGUGUGGGGAGACUGUCUGGGCUGCAGGCAGUCUCCCCACACCGGGAGCAACACUGAUCGCCGCCGGGGGAACGACGGCGAUCAGGUAAGUAACGGAAACCGUUAGGACGGUUCAGGACCGUCAUCGGUCCGCAAUGGGAAAAUCCCGAUGACGGUCCUGAACCGUCCUCGGUCGGGAAGGGGUUAAUCCCUUCUGCACCAGGUGGGAUUUGACAAAGAGGGAAGCUACAGUUGCCAGGAAAACAAUAAUUUUCCUUUAAAUUUAAAAUCCACUUUGAAUUCUCACUUUAAAUAACCCUGCCAGUUUAUAUGAAUGGUUGUUGCUUCGAUUCUCAAUACAAAUAUGCAAAAAUGUGACAGCAAAUCCGUUGGAAAAUUUAUCCAAAUCAGCUGUUUUGACCUAAAUUUUGAAGUUCGAUAAUCAAUUUGCUACAACUCGGAGCUGGAUAAGUAGCUGACCUGGAGAAUAUUUCCAAUUUGUCUAAAUAAGCUAAAAUGUCAAAUUCCCUUUUGUGAAUAAUCCAUUUGUAUUAAACAUAAAAUAAUGCGUUAUAUUAAUAUGACAGUGACAGAGUAAGGGAAUUUAUUCACUAAAACGUGCAUAAGGUUUAUUGGUAAAUCCCUGAACUGUGACACAGUUUUGUGAUUUUACUAAUUAUACUGUAUUAAUUAAAUGGAAAGCACAAUUAAACUGAUUUAACUGAGGCAGAAACAAAUGCUAGCUUGUACAUCACAUUAAAAAUACUUGCCAAACUACAAAAUAUGAAUUCUGUUUUCUCUACGACAGAAAAACUGUGUUCUGUCACUGUAUGCUACAAUUUCAAGAGGUGUCUACCCAUUUGAGAUGGUACUGGAAGAUUUUGCCAAAAACGACAUUUAUCUGAGAUACAGCGACGGCUCAGUUAGUUACAAAUCCGAACAAUAUGUCCGAAAGAGGCGUGCGAUGACAAACUAUAACUGGUGGACAGCCACAGAAGAUACAUCAACCGAAGUAUUACAUACAGACACAACUGAUGACACUACCAUCGCUAUAUCAUAUACAAGCCCAAUUGAUGACCCAGAAUUCAUUACAACAUUAAUAUACCCAGUAGCUACUAGUGCAGAUACCACAUACAGAGAGAUUAUUGACUCAGAUACUGCAAAAACAGACACUUCUAGCACAGAAACUCCAGUCAUAGACACUUCUAGCCCAGAUAUGCCAGUCACAGACACUUCUAGCCCAGAAACGCCAGUCACAGACACUUCUAGCCCAGAAACGCCAGUCACAGACACUUCUAGCCCAGAUACGUCAGUCACAGACACUUCUGGCACAGAAACACCAGUCACAGACACUUCUGGCACAGAAACGCCAGUCACAGACACUUCUGGCACAGAAACGCCAGUCACAGACACUUCUAGCCCAGAUACGUCAGUCACAGACACUUCUAGCCCAGAUACUUCAGUCACAGACACUUCUGGCACAGAAACGCCAGUCACCGACACUUCUAGCACAGAAACGCCAGUCAUAGAUGCUUCUAGUCCAGAUACGCCAGUCAUAGACAUUUCUAGCUCACCACCAGGUAGAGACAACAUUGUUACUUCAGAGGAAUAUACAAUAGAAACCACAAAAAUCACAAAUAUAGACUUAACUGAAACCACAACAUACCUCGAGACAACAACUGACAUGCCGUCCUCAACAGACAUCACCGAAACAACCACACCUGAUGCAACAUGGGUACCUGAAACAGACACCAUUCGCUACCCAACAGGGAGUCUGAGUAAGAUACCCCUACAGUUUGCAGUGGAAGGUAAGUUCAGUUACUGUCAUUAGUCAAUAGGCAUUGCCAUGGGGGGGAUAAGGGAAUCUUUGGAGGCUGAAGGCUCAGAAACGGGACUCUUUAGCCCAAGAUCUCUACAGGCAAAGGACAGGACAGUACGAUAUUAGUAUUUUCCAUUUUUAAUUUUACAUUCAUGAUAUAAAAAGAAUAAUCAAUAAUAUAGAAUCCUGCCAGACUGGUAUGUGGUUGGGUGUUUAGGUGUAACUCAGAAAGAGGUGCUUUGAAAGAGAACGUUCACCACUCUGUUAAUUAGGGUGCAUGGCAGGAUCACACUGAAUACCCAAUGACGCAGGGAGUGCUUGUUUCUGCUAUGCUUUCAUUGGGAGCAGCACGCUGUCCUUGGUUAGAAAGGACGGGACAUAACAUCAUUUAUUUCUGCAACAGGUGUAUCUGGAACCUAGCAACAGCUCUGGAAAAAGACAGGAAAAGUCAUACAGACAGGGUUACUGACUAAACGGAAAAUUCACAAUGAAUUCAAAAGUAAUUCAAAAUUUAAGGCCAAAUUAGCCAAACUGACCUAAGAGAAUCUUUACAGUUAGACUAUUUUUUUAAAUUUUGCAAUUCACUGUGAAUUCUAAUGUUAGCAAUUAAUCUUGAGACAGUUAGAUAGUUUAGGGAUUCUGCUAAUGUACCCAAAAUAAAGGAUAAAACAUAGUGCAAUAUUGUCUGAAAAUAAUCAACAAUCUGGUGUUAUAUUGCAUUCACAAAUUUCAGAUGGUCAGAGCGUUUUAUAGGUGCCACCCUCGAUGUUAGGGGGCUUCGGUUUCCUCCUUUAGUGAUAGCCUUUGGACACCUAGACUGGUAUGAUGGUUCACAAACUCUAGCUGAAAGGAUAAUCAAAACAGGUAUUUAUUCCCAUAUGAGGUAAAAAAUCAUACAUGAACAAAAAUUAUAUAAAAAAUGGUCCACAGGUCCUACGCAUUUCGUUCUUACAAAGAACUUCCUCAGGGACCAAACUACAUAAAACAAUGAUAAUAUUAAACAAGCAAGUAAAACCCAAAAGGCAAUCUAAAACACUCAUCCUUCAGUCCUCUAUGGGCUACUCCCUCAUAGUUUAUUGGUGGAAUAGUGGGUGUCUUCCCUUACUUGGCUUCCCAUUCGUUGAUGGAUCUUCUCCACAGGUGUUCGUCCUUACUGCCGGUGAAAAGGUUAUUUCGUAGCAUACCGUAAUUACUUCCGCAUUCUCUGACGUAUUUCGCACUGAUCCAUCAUGGCCACGCAUUCCACGAUGGCGGAAGGUGUACAAAACGUUCUAGUCUCCCCCUAGUGCUCGCCGGAAGGAACAGCUCCAAAACCUUCUAAACGAGAGGACUGUUAAACACAUAUUUUAUAUAGCAAAAUCAUCUGUUUAUCCUUAGUUUCGAUGAUGAGUUGUUAAAAAAAAAAAAAAAAAAUGUUGAAUAUAUAAACAUGAAUAUCUGGAGUUUAAAGGACCACUCUAGACACCCAGACCACUUCAGCUUAAUGAAGUGGUCUAGGUGCCAGGUCCAGCUAGGGUUAACCCAUUUUUUUAUAAACAUAGCAGUUUCAGAGAAAUUGCUAUGUUUAUAAAUGAGUUAAGUUUUCCCCCAAAGCCUCUAGUGGCUGUCUCAUUGACAGCCACUAGAGGCGCUUGCGUGCUUCUCACUGUGAAAUUCACAGUGAGCGCACGCAAGCGUCCAUAGGAAAGCAUUGAUAAUGCUUUCCUAUGCGACCGGCUGAAUGCGUGCGCAGCUCUUGCCGCGCGUGCGCAUUCAGCCGACGGGGAGGAGAAGAGGAGGAGAGCUCCCCGCCCGGCACUGGAAAAAGGUAAGUUUUACCCCUUUCCCCUUUCCAGAGCCGGGCGGCAGGGGGUCCCUGAAGGUGGGGGCACCCUCAGGGCACUAUAGUGCCAGGAAAACGAGUAUGUUUUCCUGGCACUAUAGUGGUCCUUUAAACACAUUGUGGUGCUAUGGAAAGAUGUCAUUUUUUAUUUUAGUUUGUCUUAAUUAUUGUUCAUCGACAAUUACGAUUAUUUUCAGACAAUAUUGCACUAUGUUUUAUCGUUUAUUUUAGGUACAUUAGCAGAUUCCCUUUGUAUAUAUCUAUGCUGUGUGGUUAUCAUCUGGGAGAUAACCUUGGGAAGGUGUGUAGUUAUAAGCUAAAUUUUUGUACAGGGAGUGCAGAAUUAUUAGGCAAGUUGUAUUUUUGAGGAUUAAUUUUAUUAUUGAACAACAACCAUGUUCUCAAUGAACCCAAAAAACUCAUUAAUAUCAAAGCUGAAUAUUUUUGGAAGUAGUUUUUAGUUUGUUUUUAGUUAUAGCUAUGUUAGGGGGAUAUCUGUGUGUGCAGGUGACUAUUACUGUGCAUAAUUAUUAGACAACUUAACAAAAAACAAAUAUAUACCCAUUUCAAUUAUUUAUUAUUACCAGUGAAACCAAUAUAACAUCUCAACAUUCACAAAUAUACAUUUCUGACAUUCAAAAACAAAACAAAAACAAAUCAGUGACCAAUAUAGCCACCUUUCUUUGCAAGGACACUCAAAAGCCUGCCAUCCAUGGAUUCUGUCAGUGUUUUGAUCUGUUCACCAUCAACAUUGCGUGCAGCAGCAACCACAGCCUCCCAGACACUGUUCAGAGAGGUGUACUGUUUUCCCUCCUUGUAAAUCUCACAUUUGAUGAUGGACCACAGGUUCUCAAUGGGGUUCAGAUCAGGUGAACAAGGAGGCCAUGUCAUUAGAUUUUCUUCUUUUAUACCCUUUCUUGCCAGCCACGCUGUGGAGUACUUGGACGCGUGUGAUGGAGCAUUGUCCUGCAUGAAAAUCAUGUUUUUCUUGAAGGAUGCAGACUUCUUCCUGUACCACUGCUUGAAGAAGGUGUCUUCCAGGAACUGGCAGUAGGACUGGGAGUUGAGCUUGACUCCAUCCUCAACCCGAAAAGGCCCCACAAGCUCAUCUUUGAUGAUACCAGCCCAAACCAGUACUCCACCUCCACCUUGCUGGCGUCUGAGUCGGACUGGAGCUCUCUGCCCUUUACCAAUCCAGCCACGGGCCCAUCCAUCUGGCCCAUCAAGACUCACUCUCAUUUCAUCAGUCCAUAAAACCUUAGAAAAAUCAGUCUUGAGAUAUUUCUUGGCCCAGUCUUGACGUUUCAGCUUGUGUGUCUUGUUCAGUGGUGGUCGUCUUUCAGCCUUUCUUACCUUGGCCAUGUCUCUGAGUAUUGCACACCUUGUGCUUUUGGGCACUCCAGUGAUGUUGCAGCUCUGAAAUAUGGCCAAACUGGUGGCAAGUGGCAUCGUGGCAGCUGCACGCUUGACUUUUCUCAGUUCAUGGGCAGUUAUUUUGCGCCUUGGUUUUUCCACACGCUUCUUGCGACCCUGUUGACUAUUUUGAAUGAAACGCUUGAUUGUUCGAUGAUCACGCUUCAGAAGCUUUGCAAUUUUAAGAGUGCUGCAUCCCUCUGCAAGAUAUCUCACUAUUUUUGACUUUUCUGAGCCUGUCAAGUCCUUCUUUUGACCCAUUUUGCCAAAGGAAAGGAAGUUGCCUAAUAAUUAUGCACACCUGAUAUAGGGUGUUGAUGUCAUUAGACCACACCCUUCUCAUUACAGAGAUGCACAUCACCUAAUAUGCUUAAUUGGUAGUAGGCUUUCGAGCCUAUACAGCUUGGAGUAAGACAACAUGCAUAAAGAGGAUGAUGUGGUCAAAAUACUCAUUUGCCUAAUAAUUCUGCACUCCCUGUAUUUCUUUUUAUUUGCACAAUUCACUUAGAAAUCACAGGUGGAUUUGCAGUCUCUUUGAGAUAAGUUCAGUUUAUGUACUGGAGUAUAAUUCAGUGUUAAUUUUGUCUACCAACAAUUUUAGUUGACUAAAAUUUUUGAGAUUUAGCCGACUAAAACCAGACUAAAACUAAAACAAUUCAGAUUACUAAAAUCCGAUUAAAAUUAAAAUGGCAUUUUAGUCAAAGGACUAUGACUAAAACUAAAUUGAAAUUUGCCAUCAAAAUUAACAUUGAUAUAAUUAGACACAUUUAUAUAAAUAUGCUAAAUCUGAAAAACAGAAAGAAAAAAACAGUAGCCCCCACUCUAUUUUAGCACCACUUUCUACCCCUUACACUAUUUGUUAUUUCAGAAGGGAGAUUUCAAAGUGAAUGCAAAGUAAAUUUUCAAAUUUAAGGCUGAAACUGAAAAUCUGAAAAAAUUUAGCCAGUCAGCUAUGCUUCCAAUUUGGGAACUUUGACGUUGGAUUUGAAAUUCACUUUGAAUUCUGACCCUGUUAGUUUAUGUUACUGCCAGAUGUCUCCUUUACAACUCUCACAGUUUCUUAAUUUUCUUUCUAUCUCCUUCAGUACACGUCAGUCUUAUCCUGAACUUUAAUGUGCCACUAUUUCCCAUCAUAAUGCAGUUUUAUUUUUUCACUCUCAGAGUUAUUAUUCCCUGACAUGAGAAUUGUUGGGAAUUCGAAGUGAAUUCAAUAGGGAUUCCAAAUUUAAGGCCGAAAUAGCUGCACUAGAGGAAUUCUACAAGUUAGCUAUUAGACAGCAAGUUAUCUAAGUUAGCUGACAGUAUAGCUAACCUAUAUAUUAUUUUUAAAAAUUCUUUAGUUAAAUACAGAUCGGUGGAUAUAUGCCGCUUACAAUGAACAAGCACAUGCACAAGGAUAAGGCGGUCCCUCCAAUUUGUUAUAUACAGAUAAUGCAAAAGAUAAUAAAACAGUGUUACAAUUAAAACAUUAGAAACAUUAAAAAAGACUGUCAGGAGACUACAUGAUUUAUUACAAAAUCAUGAUAGCGUUCAAGAUCUAUGAUCCGUUAUUUAUCCUUUUUUUUUUUUUUUUAAUUCUUUAUUUUUGUUGUGCAUAUGUGUACAGUACAGGCAGUCUAGAGAUGCCCCAAGAGCAAUCCCUCAGCAAUUCCCACGCUCAACAUGCGGGGCACAAGUUGGACAAGCACAUUUUAUAUUAGUAACAAGUUUAAACAUUCGAUUUUACCAGUAGCUAUAUUGUAUAUUCAAGUUGUGUCUAUGCGUUGACUAUAUUUUAAAUGCUCUGAAUAUUGCUGGUGCAUAACAUAUAUUAUAAAAGCAAGCUAAAGCUGUAAGUUUAAACAAUAAGUAUGUUUUAGUUAUAGACAGGCUAGAGUCCAGUUGAACGCUUAAGCGCUGUUACCACCCCGGCCGGCCGGGACCCCCAUGCUGCCUCCGCGGGGAGCUGUCUUCUUGGCAGUCCUGAGUCCUCACAUACGCGGGGAGUCCCACUGGUAACCAACACCUGCUCUGCUCGAUCUGUGUGGCAUGUGUCGAGUGUCCUCUGGAACAGGUAUCAGGCCACGGGCCACCUAUGUAGCGCUAUAGGGUGCUGUCGAUUCUUGGGUGGCUUUGUUGCAGACUGGGUGUGUGGUUGGUCUGUCUUCGCGCCGGUGACAGGCUCAGUCCAUUCAGGUAGCAAUGGUCGUUGCGCGGGUUACCUCCUUCCCCCCAUGCCGCUGCCAUUGUCGCUGGUUCAAAUACCUGCGGGUGGAGGUGACAAUGGUCUCGCUUCUCAGCUUUGCCAGGUUCGAAGGUAGGAACCGCGUUGUCAGCUGUGGGUAUUAAUGCUGGGUGCCGGUCACCUCUUCGUCCCCUGCGCACAUGGUGCCCGCCAUCUUGGAUCUCUCAGUCUGACUCCACAGCUUCAGCCGCGGCGUCCCGGUCAAAGCCUUAAGGUGGGGACCGGGAUCACCCCCCCGGUCCAUAGGGGGGGGAACAGGGCCGAAUCCGCCCGGAUUAGUGCCUUAGGUUGGGUGUUGUAUUGCAGGUCGGUGGGGCAGCGGCCGUCCGCCCCACCGCCGGAGAAGGCCCCACGAGAGCGAGAGCGAGAAUUUCUCUUCCAGGGGACUGUAGCUCGUGGAGCCAGCCUCGCCCUGGAUCCAGCCGUCCCUCUGCGUUUGGCUUCGUUGCUGUCAGUCUGUUGUUCAUUUUAAAGGCAUGGUUUUUGGUCGUUUAUAUUGUUGUGGUGCAGGAGCUCUGCUUGCCUGCGACUGUCCAGCUCGGCGGUCCGGCCCCGCCCCGUUAUUUAUCCUUUUUACAUUAGAUGUGGGUGAUUUCUUACAGGGAAGAUAUUUGCAAAGUGUCUCUCCACGUCUCAGAAAGGAAAAGAAAAAAUAGUUAGAUGGGGUGUAAGAAAGAAGGAGGUGGUGCCACGGAGAAUCGGUCUGUAAUUAUAAUUUGUUGAAAAAAAUUAGAUUAUUUAUGGACACUGUCACCAUGUACAUAUGGUGUAUUCGGUGCAUAUGUUUAAAAUAUACAGUUUUGUAGAUCCUAAUACAAGAAGCUAGCUAUCUUCUUUGUCGUUUAUAGUCUGAGAAUCCAGUAAUGGGCAUCUCUUAUGAAUAAGUAUGGCCACCUGUUUUGUUUUUGAUGCGAGACAGAGGUAUAAGCUGAUGUGCCAUUUUAGGGCUAUGCGUUUCUUGUAGUAAAGCUAUAUCUGUCGUAAUCUUUUCAUCUCUCAAGUAAUAGCCUUCUCUUAUUGGGGAUAUUGUUUAAGCCAUUCACGUUUUUUUGUGAAUAAUAUUUUAUUGUUUUUUAACAAAUAAAAGGAAAGAAACAAAAUGAGACUCACAGGUCCCCAGUGUGAUGAGCAUUCUGUGGAAAGAUGUGUAAGUGUAGGUAAAUUGUCCAACGGUAAUUGAAACCCCUCCUGUGGAGAUAAAUUUAUUUUAUUUAUAAAAUAUUUUACCAGGAAAGAUACAUUGAGAUUUCUCUAGUUUUCAAGUAUGUACUGGGUAUAUCCAACUAUCUGAAGAACAGACACAGGUCCGUCUUCUGCAAAAGAGUAACUGUUCUGCCAUUAUAGAAAGCCAGGAUCUUAAAGGGGGAUUGCCAUGCAAAUUUUAUGCGAUGGUCUUGUAGAAUUUGCCUCUUCUACAGGGUAGGAAAUAAGUCCUGGAAAAUCUGCAGUGGGUUAUUUUGGUAGGUCAAUACAGUGGUCUUGCAGGUGUCUUAUGAUGGCUUCUUUAGCUGUAAAAAAGUGGAGUGCUCUAUCAUGUCUCUUGGCUGCUCACACUCUGAUCUUCUUGCUCUAAAGGCCCUAUGUGCCUUACAAUCACUCAAAACUGGUCCGGUCUUUCAGGCACUUAGGGCGUAUGAUAGGGCAAGAUAAUAGUGUUACGCGAUCCGUCUCUCUCCUGUUCUGGUAGGUCCCUUACUCUUAGAUUAUUUUGCCUAGUGCAGUUUGAGGGAUCUUCAAUGAAUAUUUGCUGCCUCUUACAAUCUUGUCUGGGCAAUUGCAGCAGGAUCCAUCGACUUGCUGUAGGCCUCUAGUGCCUCCUCCCAUCCCUCUAGUUUAACUGUUCUCUGGCCCAAUGCAAAAAUCUCAACCUUAACAUCCUCGGCACUCCUGUUUAUUUCAUAGUAAAGUAUGUUUUUAACUUGCCCAUAUGUUUAAGAAUUGUGGAAAUAUCGUAGCAGUAGGCUUGCUCUUCCUCUCCUACCUUGUUUUGACUGCUCGAUGUAUGGCUGCAUGUGUUGACUGCUCCUCCAUUUUGUUCCAUCGUCUGGUGAUGUUUGCUGGUGAAUAAGUGGGUCAUGGAUGGUUCUCUCACCCAAAUUUAGCAGGCUGCCAGUGCCAUCAAUAUUUGUAAUUUGUCAGGGUUAUUCUGUUCUUAAUAAGUUGUUUGCUGGUUGCCUUGAGCAAAGCCAGGCGCCUAUCCUUCCAAGCUAUGCCCCCCUCCGGCGUUCAGCUGUUUUGACCUUUUUUGACCUUUUGUCCAGCCAAUUUGAAAUUCACUUUAUAUUCCCUACAAUUCUCACUUUAGUAAAUAACCCUUCAUGUCUUACACAAUAUCUUGCCUUACCUAGAUGCUUUGUAUCCACCAGCAGUAUUUCCUAUGUCUUUAAAGUACUGUUCCCUGACACCAAAUGUUUUUUUCUACUACCCCUCUCCCAGUGUCUUUGUUCUCUAAAUCCCAACUCUUCUAACAUUCCCAUCUCUCUCUAUAUAUCUGUCAUUUCCCUUUUCUUAAACUUAGUCUUUUUCAUUCACUCUCCUACCCACACACCUCCUCAACACCUGUCUUUCUCCCUUUCUCCCCAGUUUCUCAAGUACACCUCUCCUACCCAUAUAUCUUGUAUUCUCUUCCCCAUCCAUAGGAAAAAUAUAUAUUUCAUCAUUAGCCAUGUUGGUCAGUAAAUUAUUUGUCUGGGUGGAAAUAAAUAUGUCUCACUGCUCUCUUUGAUCCUACACACCUUUUGGUGUUCUAACUCAUUAUUAAUGCCAGAUUAGACAGAGCAGAUUAGACAGAGCAGUGAGAGCGAUCUAUACUAGAGGGAACUUUGUCAUUGUGUCAUUGCAAUACAGUGUUCUAGCAAAUCGGGUCGUUAACCUAAAGAAUGCUCACAUAUGUAACACACAUUUAUUUUAAUAUAUAAAGUAUGUGGGAAGCUAAAAUUUAAUAAAAUGCUCUUUGUUUGUAAAUAAAAUGCUGAUGUUUUUGUAAGCAUAAAUUCCCAAUAUUCCAACAGAAUUUUAAAAAAAAGAAAAUGCGUGGUGGUCAGAAGCCAGUAUUUCCAGUAUUUUGUAUUGCAGGCUAUUGCACUCUGAAGAUUUGCCCUGCUAUUUUUACCCUAAGCCCUUCCUAGUUACUCUACUCAGACUGAUGCUUUUUGGACCCAUGGUUUGAACUAUGCAGGCUCCAGUAAAGUGUAGAAUGGGGGAGAUUGAUUUAUUUUACAAUUCAUAAGUAAUUCUCUGAAUGUUCUUUGCCAGUGACUAGCGCAGUAUCUUCAUGUACAUAUGGAGUCUACAGACCAGAGUUUCUCCCACCGACACCGAACAAUGGUGAAAUCCUUCAUGCUAGGGCAAGAAUGCCAUUCGAGAUCCACCUCGCAGCUCAAGCAACACACAGCAGGUACAGAUACAUCUACUUAUAAUAACUUAGUAAUAAUCUAACAGGGUUUCUGAAUUGUGUAAAGAGCUAGAUUCUAACAUCUAUAGAGGUCUGUAGGGAUUGGUAUCUUUUGACUCCUAUAAUUCAAUCGAAAUCUAUCACUGUGUCCAAUGACAGAAAAUAAGCAAACUUGAUCGCAACAUUUAAGAAAACAAAAAAACUAUAGUGCGAGCUGUAAAUACAGUAUAAGUGUAGGUGCUACUGUAAUCACCUUUGGAACAGUCACUCAAUCCCACCUGAUUAAAACACACACCGAAUAAAACCAGGUGAAAGCACACCGGAGAUACAAAUAUACCUUUCACAUCCUUAAAAAAAAGGGCCACAAAACAAAAAUGUAGAAAAAUAUUGCGCAGUGCAAAUCUUAGAACUCCAAGGGAUCUGGAACAUUGCCUUUACAUUUUCUACCGGGUAACUUUUAGACAGUUUUUUAAUCUUCUAAAACUUUAUUUCCAGUAUUUGUUUUUGGGACCAUAGAUUUAAUUUAUUAACAAUAUUCUGGAUAAUUCAUUAGGUCACAUUGAUUUUAUCUGUGUAUUGUAUUUAAUUUUGUAUUUGUUUUGUGUGAUUUCUAUAUUUAGCAUAGCAGAUUUUAGGGUCAGUGGCCCCUACAACAUGACUAAAGGGGCAGUUAGAAAAAAUGGAAACAGUGCAACAAAGAUCAUAGAAUGGACACCAACGGACAAUGAUGUUGGAGACCAUGUUCCUUUCUGUUUUGUAGCAGAAACCAUCAAUGGGUCAGUAUUGUCUUCUCGUAUUGAACAGCUAAGAAAUUACAAAAUAUGUUCCUAUUCUCACCAGUCCUUUCUUUUUUAUUUUUCACCAGGUACAAUUCAGAAUUAAGAUGCAUCAUUGUUAUCGUUGAUAACAUGGGUAUGUUUUGCAUUCUUUGAAAAUGGUAAUUGGUAAUGAUUAAUUAAAUGACAGACUAGAGGAAAUAUAGGCUUUAGUUAUGUAUAGUGUCAGUAGGCCGUAGUGCCAUAAAUUUCAGCAACGAACAGACAAUUCUAGAUUGGCAACCUCGUUCUCUUGUAUGUUUGUGCCAUUUUGUUAUAAUGUGCAUUGCUGAGCUAACGUUUGCCCUGACUUUAACUGUUGUGGACUUCGUUUCCCAUGAUGCUCUAGGUGCUGAGGUUUAAGGUAAACACAAUCCACAACAGUUGUCUCCACACACGGUUAUCACUGAUCUCCAGAACAAAAUCACAAGAGCAGGUCCAGGGUGGGAGCACCAGGGCAAGUGCCCCCCACAAACUGCCUUACUAGACAGGUUCCGAUGUGGGUACCUGUAUGUUAAUUCAUUUCUUUAUUGUUUGGGAACGCUAUUUUAUAUUAUUACUACACUGCAAGCCAGCAAAUGAGUCAGAGUACUAGAAGAGAGCCCACUUUGCCAGGAAUCGUAAGUUACAUGCUGGGGUGGGAACUAAACAAGGAGUUAACACAUUAACUUCUUAAAGGGACACUAUAGUCACCAGAACAACUACAGCUUAUUGGAUUUGUUCUGGUGAGUAGAAUCACUACCUUUAGGCUUUUUGCUGUAAACACUGUCUUUUCAGAGAAAAUGCAGUGUUUACAUUACAGCCUAGUGAUAACUCCACUGGCCACUCCUCAGAUGAAUGUUAGAGAUCCUUCCUGGGUCAUGGCUGCCUAAAAUGCAUCCAAACAUUCAGUGUCUCCUCCCUCUGCAUGCAGACACUGAACUUUCCUCAUAGAGAUUCAUUGAUUCUAUUCAUCUCUAUGAGGAGAUGCUGAUUGGCCAGGGCUGUGUUUGAAUCAUGCUGGCUCUGCCCCUGAUCUGCCUCUUUGUCAGUCUCAGCCAAUCCUGUGGGGAAGCAUUGUGAUUGGAUCAGGUUACCACUUCUGAUGAUGUCAGCAGACUGCUUGUUUUUCUGAGUCUAACAGUAUGCAGAGUUACAGUUUCAGGCUUGAAUACAAGACUUUUACUAUAUUUAGGAGGCAUGAGGGGCACAGGGAGCUAGAUGGUGGUUUUAACACUAUAGGGUCAGGAAUACAUGUUUGUGUUCCUGGCCCUAUCGUGUUCCUUUAAGUUUCUCAGUGACUGUUCUUCUAUAAAAUCUUUUUCUAGAAAACUAUAAAAAAAAACCUGUGAGACUUGAUAAAGCGAGGAUCUCCUGAAAGGUUUUUGCUCCAAAAUUCAGUUAGUCCAUAAAUACAUAUAUUGCAAGACAUGGUAUUUAUAUAGAUGUUUAAUAACUUUAUUUGCUUAUAUAUUUAUAAAUAUUUUAUUAUCUGAUCAGUGAGGACCACCUUGCUGUGUAAUGAAAACACAAUGACUCUAUUCAUUCAAAAAACCUCAUCUAAUGGUCUGUACGAUAACCACCUGCGCCUGAUUGAUCCUCGAUGUCUGCUUACCUCCAAUAGUACGCAUCAUAUUGCAAGUGUGGGAUUUAACUCCUGUGGCACAGAAAUUGAGGUAACAUUCUGCUACUGGUAAAACCUGAUCUUAACAGUUUUAAUGCAUGUACACAAUUAUUCUUAAAAAGGGGGCUUACAUACCCAUACGUGCGAGUAAUUCAGGGGCUCAUGUACACAAUGAUUUUCUCUGAAUGUUGACUUCUAAAACCAGACGCAUUAGACAUCCGAUAUACUUUCAGUAAAUGAGUCAUUUAUGGGCAUGACAUGGGAUCUCUUAAAGAAGAUUUUUAUGGAACCUUUUAAAAUCAAAACUAUAAAUUGGCUUUUUUUAAAUUAAAUACUUUGGUGAAUUCUGUCUCCUGUAAAUAUAUAUUUUUAGAAACGUGUACCAAAUACUUUGCCUUCUUUUUUUAUUAGGAAACAGAAGAUAGCAUUGUUUUUAAAAACCAAGUGACUUCAUUUGAUGAUCUAACAGAUGUCAUUACAAGAAAGCACCAGGUGGUGAUAUCCUUUAACUGCACAUUUCCAAAAAAGAACCGCCUGUCUGUUUCAUUUCGUCCUAAAAAAGCACUUUUUGAGUUCACUGAGGCAGGAUUUGGUAAUUUCACCUACAAGUUCCAGUUCUACACAAAUGACCAGUUUACAAUUGUGCAAACACAAUCUCCACUGGAGGUCUGGCUGAGAGACAUGCUCUACAUGGAUAUACAAGUAAUGUCUUCUGUACCCAAUGUACAGCUAUUUGUGGAGUCGUGCAAGGCCACCCCGCAUGAUAAUCCCGACGAUCCAGUGUUUUAUAACAUCAUAGAAAAUGGGUACAUCCACUUUUUUGUUCAUUUAAAAAAUCCAUGGAGUUUGUGUACAUGGUCUAGUGUAUGGUUUUAUACUGACAGAAUAAUAAUGUUUCAUUAAUUAGAACUUCAAACCUGUAUAGCAAUGUCAUUAGAUCACAGAGGGCACUAACGUAUUGUCAAAUUUGGUUCCCACUUGUGAACACUAUUACUCAAUGAUCAUUAGUGGCUUCUGGUGGGAUUUAAAGACCUACAAAGGAGAGGCAUAAAAAAUGUGAUGUCCCAUGAGUCUUCAUCACAACGUCAACAUGUAGCAAUGUAAAAAAAAACUUCCUUAAAGCACUGCAAAGGCGUAUUGUCCCAUGUAGAUAACACGGAAUGCUAAUUCCACAUUUUAACAUCCCAUUGAAGUCUAUAAUAAUCUCAAUGUUAUGAAACAUCAGUGUAGGAUCGAAAGCCCUGCGUUGGGGGCAAACAUUAAGCCAUAUAAUUUUCUAUAGGCAAAAUGAUAUAUUAUCAUUAGGGAGUCUAUUGGAAGAAUGGGUCGGGCAACUCUUUUAACAUAUGUUUUGUUCUUCUUAUUGGCUGAUUACAUUGACCGUGCUAACGCCACUUGCCUUAGAGUUGGGGAACUCAGGUUCGAAUCUCGGUUUUCUAAGGCAGUGCUAACGCCACUUGCCCUAGAAUUGGGAAAUUGGGUUCGAAUUUCGGUCACAUCAUAUCACCAGUAAGUGUCCUUGGGGAAGACACCUAACAAUAUAUAUCCACCUCAUGUUUCCUCAUAGAUUGUAUGCUCGAUUUAGCAGGUCCUCCUUCAAAUAUCCCCUUUCUAUAAUUGUAAAGAGCUGAGGAAUAUGUAGGCAAUAUAUAAAUGAUAAUAAUAUUAUAUAAUAUAACAGUGAAACAUUGAUUUUUAAAUCUACACCAUCAAGACUAGGGGGAGGCAAUCUUACCUCUCUUAUCCCCUGACUCGAUUUUCUAGGCUGUAUUUGUCCCCCCUCCCUCUGGUUUCGACACUCAUGGAAUAGAACAUACUUUAAAACAAUUCACAGUUUUUCAUCAUUGGUACCCUGCAUAGUAAUGAGUGAGUGUCAUGUGUUGUUUAUGUUGAUUUGAGCCUUUCCUUAUUAUUCAAAGAGUACUCUGUCAGAUUCUAACUCAGCCAUAAUUCAGCCAUAAUAACUCAGGCUGCCAUUUUGUGCAGCCUUUCUGUCAGUACUCCAUUUUGAUUAGCUUGCUGAUCUCUAACAUGGACAGAGUUAUCUGUUAUGUGACAGACACCCUGACAGUAUAGCGUAUCUACCUCUGUAUUAUUAGGGAAAUUAGAGCUUUCAGUUAGCAACCGCGCUUGUUUACUUUAAGGAAAUCACAGAUACCGUCACUAAAUGAAAGAUUUAUCUCUGUUUAGGUGUUUAAAGGACGAAACCUUGAAAAAAUACACGGGUACAAACACAAGGUCUAGGUUUGGAUUAGAGGCGUUCACAUUCAUUGGAAAUUAUGAAGAGGUAAAUCGAAUUAAUCUGUGAACUAGCUACCUGAUUCUGAUAUUUUUUAAAGGGUUACACCAACCAAAAAAAUAGAUUUCAAUAAAUUAUUGUUUUUGGUUAGAGUAAGCUUUGCUGGCAUGGUCCCCCCAAAAGAAAAAGAAAGAAAGUAAAGACUUACGUGUAAUCCCAUGCCAAGGCCAGGUUCUCCCUGCAGCCCUCUCUGCUGUCCUCGCCUACUCCCUCCCUUCCUGCAACGAGAAUGAUGUCCCGGAGGCCGUGCUGAGCGGAGGACUUGGGUGGAACAAAGGGGGGAACCAUGCCACCAUUCUGGGCUGGCUAAUGACACUACCAGAGGUGGGGUUACACCUCCAGCAGCUCUUUAUAGUCAAUGCAUAUACAAACUCCAAUCACCACGACCACUUCAAAUCAAUGAAGAUAAUUAGGCACUUAAAACAUGAUUCAAAUUGCUCCAAAAACUGCUGCUGCACCAGCCAGUCAGUAACUUAAUCUAUUUUCACACUGAACAAGUGAUGGAUAGUAAAGUCUGAUCAAGAAUAACCUUAACACAAACAUGAUGAGUUUGUGUGUGUAUGUGUUCAUGAUAAUGAUUGUGGAGGGACUGCUGCCUGUCCAUGAAUUGCCUGUCUGUUAUUAUGUGUGUUUCGUUAUCUUUUCGUGUCUUCUGCCCGCUCCCCCUUUGGGAGUGCUUGCACGAAGGGAAUUCAUUCACCUCCCGAACGGUGACCAUUUAGAAUGUUAGUUUAGAACAUUUUCACCUUGCAACAUGGUGUCAAACUGCAAACUGCAAGGGAAACAAUUAAUGAGCACUUCACUGGCUGGCCACCAUUCAUGCAGAUGAACGCCAGCCAGAGGGAGCAUUCGUGGAUUUUGGGGUCCAACUCGUUCUUUUCCCGAACGAGGACCUCCCCAGUGCCCCAUUAGAACGUUCACACCAAUUAAUCAGAACGUUCGCACUUGCAAAAUACAUGUGAAACCCGGAAGGGAAGUAAUUAAUGAUUGCUCCCUGGGUGGCCGCCAUUUCGUACAGACAAAUGCCGUCCAGGGGGAGCAUUCACGUCCCGGAAGGAGACGCUUCCCUUGUAGGGUUUUACACAGAGACCUCAGGAGCAGAGCCUGGUCGAGGGAGGUACCACUGCGAGGGUCCCUAAAGGGUUGGUGUUGGCCCUUCUGGGGCACUGGCGAGUUUGGCGGGCUUUGCGGUGCCCGCUGAGACAAAGAGACAGGCUCUUUUCCUGCGGGCAGGCUCUCUGUGCCUAGGAGACAAAGUCCCUUUUUCCCGCGCUUGGUCUCCCAGGUACAGAGGUUCAUGGGAUGAAGACCCUUGUCCCCGGAUGUGGGAAACCCUGUGGUUGGGUGGUGGGCUUUUGGGGACAAAGGCACAAAGCCCUUUACCACGCUAGGUCCCCGGGGAGGGGGAGGAUCCUGGGAGGAAAUAUUGUAUGUCAUGUGUUACACCCCUUGCAUGGGGUUAUGCUUAAAAGCCGUGUGUGGCAAGUAAAAUUGUUGUUGUACCUCCAGAACUGUGUGUCAUCCAGUUACUGGGGGGGAAAUGGGUCUCUUUAUAUCCUAAAUGGUUCCUGUUCAGCUGAAGGAAGAGAAAUUGCGGAGGUGAUCCACUACAAUAAUGUUUUCUGAUCCAUUAUUCAACCCCUCAGUGAUUAAUAGGUUUAAAUCCUUCAUAACCUGAUAUUAUUCUGUCAUCAAGUCUUAUUGAUGAUAUGGAAUAUUCUCUAGAAUAUCUUUUUGAUAAGAGUAGUCACUUACGAACCAGUAGGUACAAUUUCAUGGCUUGCGACCCCUGGGACAACCAUUGUUUACAAACAUGGGAUUGUCCAUCAACAGAAAAGGAACAAAGCAAAGACACAGAGAUUAGCAGGGGUGCACCGAAAGAGGAAGAGACCCUUACUGAGCUGAACUGUAUCCUACAGAGCGUCCCUAUCAGGCUCCAAACUCAGCUGAAACUGACUCUUUGUUUGAUUUCUACCCUAUGUUUUCAUAAUAAUCCACCAAAAAUGAUCAAAAAUAAACUCUGAUACUUAAUGUAUGUCUUCUAUUGAAGGUUUAUGUGAGCUGCACGGUCAUGCUAUGCAAGCUAGGGGACCCCAACACACGCUGUGCUCGGGGUUGUGUCGCCAGGUCAAGUCGCCGUAGGAGGUCACUAACAGCUGAGGCAACUGAGUCACUGCAGCACUUCAUUUCCCAGGGUCCUUUGCGUAUGAAGAGACAGUCACUCAACCAAGGUAAGGACAAGUUCAUUGACUGAAUUUGUUUUGAACAGAGAUUAUUUCCGUGCAGAUAUUACAAGAUAAAUAGUGCUGGCAAUGGAAUGAAGCUCCAUGAGACCCAAAGAGUUUCUAAUCUCAAGUAAUAGGAAACAGUGAGAUCUGCAUGUACAAACAGCACAGAUCUUACUGCUUUACUUCACUAGUCCAUCAAAGAUGUCCCCUACUUUCGCUCACAGCGAGAUAGUUAUGGAAAAAAAGGCAGAAGGAAACCAGUAAAAGCACAACGAGAACAUUUUGUUUCAUUAAUGAUUUAUUGAUUUCUUUACGGUUCUUUCCAAAGCAAGACAAAUAAAAGGAUCUAGAAGUUGACCGCCUCAUGCAUCAGCUGCCUCGUAGAUUUGGAAAUGUCAGGGUUUACAAUAUCUUUAAGUCUAAAAAAAAGUGUAAUUAGGUACAAAACUAUUAAUAGCAGGGGCUACUUGUUGGAAAAUAGCCCAGUACUACGUUGUCUAGGCAAAACAUUAUCAAGAGUGUUUUCCUAAAUCUGAGUUAAAGGUGUUGGUGCUCAAAACAGAGAGAAAGACUUUUUGACAUUUUGUCAAGACUCACCUCUUCCUCGUUCCUAUGAUCACUUGUUUUCUCCUUUCCUCCGUAUUGUCCACUUCCUCUUCUGAUGUGGCCACACCUCGACGUGAUGUCCACAAACUCCGUCCUUGUUAAGAGCAAGCAUGUUGCAACAGUGUAUCGCUCAGUUAUUUUUUUUUUUUGCUCCUGAUCAAUAGUGUUGCUACCUGAGCUCUUCUCUUCUGUUCCUAAUUGUUGCCGGACUUGCUAGUUUUCUCGUAUUUGCUGCCUUUUCCUAAUCUGAACUCUAAUACAAAUUUUGACCUUGAAUUAGCCAGCUGAUUUUCUAACGUGAACUAAAAACUCAACUAUAAUAUCUGCUCUAUGGUUUGUGCUUCCUGCACCUAAUUAACAUGCUUGCUCAGCCUGUUUCCAUUCCUGCAAAUUUGGAGGUGACUAUUAUAUCUGCAUUUGUAUUCCAGAAUAAAUUUUCCUGAUUAGGGACUGACACAUUUCUAUUCCAGUCAACAGCUAGUCUAUUAUAGAUAGAUAGAUAGAUAGACAGACAGACAAUCACUGUGAUCCUUUCCACCAUGAUUUUAAGAAAUAUCAUUGUUCUUGCUUUGUAUCACAUGGUAGACAAACCUCUUUAUUUAUUUGUUAGUAUUUGUUCUCAUUUUUUUUUCUGUUACUUUCUGCAGAUUCCGAGGGGAAGGUUGCACUGAACAUUAACACUCUGAUUAUGUCCUUGUCUGGAGUCGCAGUUGUCGCCCUAGUUGCGUUGACGGCAUAUUUCAUUAUGAAGAAAGCCAGAACCACCAAUUACCAGAGGCUCUCCACAGUGGAAUCGUGA